UUAAUUUUCAGCAAUACGAUAAGGAUAUUUGCAGAGAUUAAAUAGCUAAAGCACAAGAGUUUUUACAAACUUUAUGAUUGCAAAAAAAAAUUAUUUUUAAAGUAUUUUCCGUUUCCACUAUCCUCAUAUUUCUAUUCACAUGCCAUCAUGAUGACAAACACUUCACUCGAAAGAGACUUAUAUGGAAGUUGGAUACGUUUUUAGUUCUUAUUCAGUUAUGCGUGGAGAGUUGCACAUACGCACUGCAAGUUGCCCUGAAGCUGAUCACCGCCAAAUGGUAUCGAUAGUUACCAUCAAAAGUUUGGUAAAUAUAUCGCCUUUCCGCAAGCCGGUCGUCACUUGGCAUCAUCGAGUGACAAGGCUUCCAUCAGGCGUGCACUAAGGGCAUCGCUUGGCAGUGCUCACUUCUGACGGUAGAUCCCCAGAACUGUCAUCAUGUGGGGUGGUCGGAAGCGCAAAGAGGACCGUCGGAACAGCGCCAGUGUUGUCGAGCUUCAGCGAGCCGCCAAGCUAGCGCAGUCACGACUGGCCAACUGCGACAAGUCCCCUGGUCUGCGAAGAGCCAACUCCUACAAAGAGAAUGAGAUGGGCAUGCACCGUUCACCAUCAUACCUUAAGCCUCCAUAUCCUAAUUAUUAUGAACCGGAUAGUCGGAAUAUUUCUGCAGGAUCAAGUGAGACUUCGAUAAAGCUGCACGGCAGCAGGGAACGAUUCUCCCCAUGUGCAUCGCCAAAGAUGAGCAGACUAGUGGCUAGAAGGUUAUCGGGAUCACCGCAUUCCUCAUUAAGUAAUAUCUCCCAUAACGGCAGAGAGCACAGAUCUGUCAAAGAUCUGAGGCACUGCGAGGCCCUGGCUAGCAACGACGAUGGUUAUGAAGUUGACAAGAGAAGAAGAGGGAGCGGCAGUCCCCGACACAUGAGUCUUACUGGCAUACCCGAGGACAUGAGGGUUGGUCGACUGAAUGAAACUGAUUCCCUCUUCAGUGACAACUCUUCGCUGGCGAGCUACCGUACUUGUGACUACUUCUUCAAGGUGAUGCUGAUCGGCGACUCGGGCGUCGGCAAGACUUGCCUCGUCACCAAAUUUCGCGACGGCGUCUUCCUCUCCGGCAGCUUCAUCGCCACUGUCGGGCUGGACUACAAAUUGUUUCAGAACAAAACUCUGAGGGUAGACGGCAGUCUGGUGCGGCUGCAGCUCUGGGACACGGCUGGCCAGGAAAGGUUCCGGAGCCUCACGCGCUCUCACUACAAGGACGUGCAGGCGUUGAUGUUGUUGUAUGACGUACACAACCGCCGGAGCUUCAGUAGCGUGCGUAACUGGGUGGUGGAGGCGCGUCGACUUUCCAAGCGCGACGUCGUGAUUCUUCUUGUCGGCAACAAAAGCGAUUACUCGGAGAGUGAUCGAGCAGUUACCAAAGACGAAGGCUUGCUGCUUGCGAAGGAACUCGGCCUCAACUUCGUCGAGACUUCGGCGAAAAAUGGCGACAACGUCGAGCUCGCCUUCCGAGCAGUCGCUGUGAAGCUGAAGUGCCAACACAGCGCUGACCCCGAAGACAAGAGCUUCAGCCUGCAGGACUAUCUACUUAGGAACGAGGCGUCCUGGUGGUCAUCUUGCUGCUCCUUCUGCCCUUUCUACCGACGAUGAGCAUCCCUGUCCAGUGGCUGGAUGAUAUCAGAUGAUACCGACGAUAUGCUUAACUGCUCAGCAUUUUGACGAUGUUCUUCACUGCUCGUGGGCUGGAUAACAUCAGGAUAUUCUUCCCUGUACGCAGGCUGGAUCGUAUCGAUGAUACGCUUCCCUAGUCCGGGUGUUGAAUGGUACACAUUACUGCUCAAGGGCUUGAUGGUAUCGAAGAUAAGCUUCCCUGCCUGAAAUGAAUUCGAACUUUCGCAAUUACGCAGUCAAGUUUCAGACGAUAUUGUUGGUUGUCAUCAUGCAUAUAAAAAUUUUAAUGGUAUAUUUUCAAUUUUUUGUUAUUGUUUAGUUUGGCAGAAAUUGUUCCUUAACGUAGAUUUCAUUGAAGACCAGAAAUUACCUGAGUAAUUCUUAAUAACAAAUGUCCCUGGUAACCUCAUAUUCAAACUUCGAAUCCUACGAAAAGAUUUAUUUGAAAAUGUGAGAUGAACAAUAAAAAAAUAUCAGUGAAGAAACUCCUAUGUAUUCGAGAAAUAAAUUAGUAACUUAACAUUUUUCACACACCCAAAUAUUACGAAACUUUUCCUGGCAUAUCACGCUUCUUUAAAAAUUUUAAUACUGUCGCUGCUCUGUAUAAGCGCGGAAUUAUGAGUGAAGCUCAUUGUGAGUAAAUAAUGGUGAGUAAAGCUCAUCACCUAUUCAUUUGAACUCGUGAUCGAGGACGUACAGAACUCAUUAUAAAUUUAACAGAAGUGAAUCUUCGUGUACAUUUCUUACUUAAUAUUUAUUUACGUCUUUGUAUUUGCGCUGGGAUGCAAUUUAUAUUUCCAGGUGAAAUGAGUUGAAAUAUUUAAUCUUGCUUUUCCAAACAAAUAAUUGGACAUUUUCAUUUCUAGAAUGCCUAUCGUUAUUUACAGUUGAAUUAUGCACAGUUUUCUCCUGUUGUGUUUCCCCAUUACCUUUAGUUACGAAUUAACAAACAUAUUACGUCUCACCCACCAGCGAUUGUUCCUGGUAUUUUACUCAUUUUGAAUCAUAUUUUUACACGAUUUCAACAAUGAUUGGCCUAUUUUAUCUAUAAAUUGAAGUUAAAUCUAUGAGCCUCGAUCUAUCAAAUCUGUCAUCAUCCUAGCAGGAAGGAACUAUCGAAAUCUGAUUCUAGUUUAGGCGAAAUAAUAGGCUUCCAAAAUUAAAACAAUUCCUAUGUGUUCCAUUCUGUUGGAAUAAAAAGUUUUUCACACUCAAAUUUUUAGUUGAUUUGACAACUUGAUUUGAAACACGCUUUUGUUUAUAAUUAUCACGUAUGUAUAUUACCAAUGAUGCGUCAUAUUCGGGAUAAUAAAUAGUUUUACAGCGAU